UCCAGGUGGACGAGCGGUCGCAUUUUGAGGAUGGGACGUAUCAACCUGUGGAUUAAUGUAGUGAAGUGGGAUUAGUGGAGCCGCUCCGUGAGCCCACCACACCCCCGCUGAAUCUGACGCCUCGGUUACAGCAGGCAGCAGGUCUCAAACGCCACACAGCUGCUGCUAAAAAGCACACUUUGCUAACAGAACACGGUCAUGUUAGGACUGAAUGAAAGGUUAACAAGACAAUAAUCCACAAACCAACCAAGAAUCUGUGAUUUGGACGGCCCACGGUGAGUUGUUACGCUCCUUAAAGCAUCUGCUGGCCAGGCGGGACUUAAAAGGCCACCAAAUAAGAUGAUUUAGGAACAUCAAGGCUUUCCCCAGCGGUAAUGAUUACAUUUGGAUUUAAGAUCCAUGCAAGAAUUUGUUGCGCAGUAAAUCUCCUUAGUCCCCGCCCCCUUCCCCCACAGCCCCCAGCGCUCUUCAAAAGCCUUGUUAUUCAAAGGGUUAGGAUGUUUGACAAUCCCAGCUUGUACAACUCCACCAAUUAAUUGGAUACGUUGUAGUAAGGAUGUUGGGUCUCUCUCAUCUGUUGCUUAGAAAGACAAAGGCUUAGCGGGGGGGUUGUUCGCACCUCCCCGUGCUGCCGGGGUAUAAAUCGAGGCUCUUCAGGUGGGUCAGGGAUUCAUUCUCAAAGUGGACCUCGGAGCAGCAGCUUUAUUUAAUUUAAUUUUUUAUUUCCCCCUCGGAGAGCAAAUUUGAAACAUGCAGAUACCGAACAGACCAAUGGAAACUGGAGGAUACUCCGUGCGUAAUUACGCACAGGCCUCACUAUGCGCUCAGAGCAACGGGAACCGCUGCGCCCCCGCCGCGAAGGCUCCAAGCGGGAAGUCUUUCACCAUCGAGGCUCUGCUGGCCAAGCCGGAGGAGGCGGCACCCAGAGACCGGAGCGGCCCAAACCAGUGUGGGGAGAGAUACCCGCAAACCGCGCCUCCUCCACACCUGGCCGGGUUAACGCUUCCACCGGCACAAUACUUCUAUUCGCCCAACGCGUUGCACCCCAGCAUUCACCCGCAGCCUGGAUAUUCCGUGUACUGCUACCCGCCGUUCACGUACGCGCCAUCCUACCGGGGAGCAUUUUACUCACAAGCUACCGUGUCCAAAGCGAACGCAGCGAUGCACCAGUUCAAGACGAAAGGCGGAAAGUCGAAACGCAUGCGCACCAGCUUCACCAGCGACCAGCUGUCCCGGCUGGAGAAGGAGUUCGCCCGGCAGCAGUACAUGGUGGGAUCCGAGAGGUUCCUCCUGGCCUCCGCUCUGCAGCUCACAGAGGCUCAGGUCAAAGUCUGGUUCCAGAACAGACGCAUCAAGUGGCGCAAACAGAGUCUGGAGCAGCAGCAGGCCAAACUGGCCAAACUGGGACUGGCCGCUCCGCCCAAGAGUCCCGGAUCUCAGGGCCACGGAGACGAAGGUGACGAAGACGAGGACUUCUCCGACUCGGAUGUGGACAUCGAUGUAUCCGAUGACCUCGUGGACCACUGCUGACCGUUUCAGAACAAAGACUUCCCUGUACAUAGCGCUGAGAAAGGAGGCGGCUGUCUCCGACUAUGACUAUUUAAUAGAUUUAUACUUAUAUAUUUAAUUUUCUACGUUUGUUCCUCGGAGAUGAGAACGUAUUUUGUAUCGCUUUACAUCUGACAUA